GCCGCCAUAUUGGAUCCGGGGCGGGGAGAAUGCUCUGCUUUGACUGAUGGUCGCUUCAGUUUCUGACUCCUGCCCCAGGCAAAUGCCCGCUCUGUUUCGAAACACACACACACACGCUCACCUCCACUUCGACUGUCUGACAUAUAAUGACAACACUGGGAAAGUGCUAAGAAGCCAAACUUCACCCGAACCCGGUUCCGUUUUAGCUUUCUGAGAUGUGCGGAAGAACCGCGUGCACUCUAGCUCCCGACGAAGUGAGCCGAGCCUGCUCGUACAGGAACCGGGGCGGGCAGCGGAGAGCGCCCCGCUGGAGGGAUGGAGACGCGGACAAAUACAGACCGUCCUACAACAAGAGCCCCCAGUCCAUGAGCCCGGUCCUGGUGUCCCAGAGACAUUUCGACAAGAGCGCAGCGGUGGAUGAACGCGUUCUGGCCUCGAUGCGUUGGGGCCUGAUACCCGCCUGGUUCAAGGAGAGCGACCCAAGCAAGAUGCAGUACAGCACCAGCAACUGCCGCAGCGAGAACAUCCUUGAGAAGAAGUCCUACAAGGACCCCCUCCUGAAGGGACAGCGCUGCGUCAUCAUGGCCGACGGGUUUUACGAGUGGCGGAGGACGGAGAAGGAGAAGCAGCCAUUCUUCAUCUACUUCCCGCAGGGAAGCGGUCCGGACCAGGAGAAGAAAGAAAGUGACCUCGUGUCUCCAGCUUCCAACGAGAAGAACUCUGAGGAAAGUGAAAGUCCCGCUGAGUGGACUGGAUGGAGGUUGCUGACGAUGGCCGGAGUGUUUGACUGCUGGACGCCACCAGGUGGUGGAGAACCUCUGUACAGCUACAGCGUCAUCACUGUCAAUGCGUCCCCAAAUCUGCAAAGCAUUCAUGACAGGAUGCCAGCCAUCCUGGAUGGAGAAGAUGAGGUGAGAAGAUGGCUUGAUUUUGGGGAGGUGAAGACUCUUGAUGCCAUCAAACUGCUCCAGUCCAAAGACAUUUUGACUUUUCACCCCGUGUCGUCUUUUGUCAACAACUCGCGCAACAACUCCCCGGAGUGCCUUCAACCGGUGGACCUGAACAGCAAAAAGGAGCUCAAAGCUACGGCGAGCAGUAAGAUGAUGAUGAGCUGGCUGUCGAGCAGCAGCCCCUCACAAAGGAAGGAGCCCGACACGAACGAGAGCAAAGAAGAGCCUGAACGCAACGCAAAGGCCCGCCGCAAGCCUGCUGGAGGACUUGAGCUGUGGCUUCAGGGAGCCAAUAAGAAACCAAGAACAAAGUAAACAUACAAACUGACACGGAGAAGGAAAUAGUUUCACUGCCGUUGGAGAUCAUUCGUUUCUCUGCUUAAACUGUUUUCACUGUUGAGAGCAAAUGUUUAUAUAUUUCUUAUGUUGAGAGCAAAUGUUUAUAUAUUUCUUAUGUUGAUAACAUCAGUACUGUUUUCUAUAUGUUUGAAAAUGUGACUACCCAAGGUUGAAUAAAAAAAAAUACCAAAAACUC